AUGGGCUACACACCCAGCGCAUGGAAACUGGCCAGGGUAGUUUUCAUUCCGAAGGCGGGAAGAACGAGCUACACCAAGGCAAAGGAUUUCAGGCCAAUUAGCCUAACAUCGUUUCUCCUUAAGACAUUGGAGAAGCUGGUGGACGCGUAUCUGAGGGAGACAACUCUGUGGAGUCACCCUCUCCACAAGAAUCAGCACGCGUAUCGUUCGGGCUAUUCCACCGAAACUGCUCUAUAUCAGACGGUAGCGUUUAUUGAGGAGCAACUGGAAAGGAGGGGCUACGCGGUGGGUGCUUUCUUGGACAUAAAGGGCGCCUUUAACAACACACCGCACAAGGGCGGAGUACUUUCCCUACUUUUAUGGUGCCUGGUAGCAGAUGGUUUAUUAAGGGCACUAGACGAUAGAGGCUUCACUGCACAAGGCUACGCGGAUGACGUGGCAAUACUUGUGCGAGGCCCGUUCCUAGAGACGCUUCUAGAGCUCAUGCAGGGGGCACUGGAAGUUGUAGAAGAGUGGUGUCAGAGGACAGGUUUAGCGAUGAAUCCACUGAAAACCGGUCUUACUGUCUUCACUCGCAAAUACAAGGUAGGCACCAUUGUGGGACCCACUCUUGGAGGAGUAAGGUUAGUUCCGACCGAAUCGGUGAAAUAUUUGGGAGUUAUCCUGGAUAAGAAAUUGCUUUGGGAGGAGCACCUUCGUAAUCGGUGCAAAAGCUUGUGCCAGUAUUUUUGGACGUGUAGAAGGACCUUUGGCCAGACUUGGGGCUUGAAACCGAGUAUGAUACACUGGAUCUACACAGCCAUACUUUGCCCCAGACUCACAUACGCAGCCGUAGUAUGGUGGACUAGAGUGCAAAAGAAAACAGCCAAAGUUGCGCUGGAGCAU